AUGCUGAACCUGAUUGAAGAGGAUUUCGAAGGGGAGUUUGAACCAAUUCAAAAACUUAGCUUUGAGGAGGCAAAGAGUGAUCGUAUGUUGAGAGAGAUCAAAUUGCGUAGAAAAUUACAAGAAGAUGAAAAGAAGCAUAUUGAUAACAAAGAGCCCAACCAACCGGCAAUCGAGAAGGAGAAAGAGCCUGUCAAAAGGGCGGCAUACAUAACAUCCCAACCUCCUAAAAAGAGAACUCAAACAUUAAACCUUAAAAAGAUUAAACUCUUUAAUUCUAAGUCUGGUUCAAAUCCAUAUAAUAUUCAAUUGGAUGAUGAUCCAGUGGAAAUUGACACACCACCAGUUAAGAAACCAAAACUUCUGAAGGCUCUUGAAUUGAUGGCUCAAUUCACAAAGAAUACAUCUACUUCUAUUGUUGAAGAUUCUUUUUCCGCAUCUCCUGAUGAUAUUGCAUGUGUAAGAAACACCAUUCUUUCACAACUUGCAGCAAAGGGCGCUCUGUUUCCUCAUUUACUUGAAUCUUCCAUUGCUGAUAAAUAUAUGGAGGUUUAUAGAAUGUUUGAACAUACAGUGAGAGAUAAUGAAGGGCAUUCUGCGCUAAUCAUAGGUCCACGAUCUCUGGGUAAAACUGCCAUUAUUCAACGAGCAUUAUCAGAAUUAUCUAAAAAAUACCCACAAGAUUUCAUAACUAUUUCUUUGCAUGCAUACCAUCAAAACGAUGAGAAUACCGCAUUGAGAGAAAUUGCUAGACAACUUGAUAAGAGUUUAAAAAAAUUAAGACAAAAUGAAGAAGAAAUUAAUCACAAUACAAAUGAGUUGAAAAAUGAUAAAGAUGAUAGUAUUAAUGAAAAUCAGUUACAUGCUACAUUUGAACAAAGAUCUCUUAGUGAUACAUUUUCAAAUAUCCUUUCGAUCCUUGAUAAGGGUAAAACAGAUUCAGAAAAUACUCACACAGUAUCGAUUAUUUUUAUAAUAGAAGAAUUUGAAAAAUUUACUCAGAGCGGUAAACAAACUCUUUUGUACAAUUUAUUUGAUUUGUCACAAAAUUCCAGUACCCCAGUAUGUGUAUGUGGUACAUCUACUAAAUUGACAACUAGAGAAUUAUUAGAAAAGAGGGUAAGAAGUAGAUUUAGUCAAAGAAUCAUCACAAUUAAUAAACCAAAGGGAAUUGAUGAAUUUUGGUCAAAUGCAAAAUUGGGACUUACUUUAGGACAAGACGUUAUAAAUAAAUUAUCAGAUCCAUCUUAUGGUAAAAAAUGGAAUGAUUAUGUGGAAUCUGCAUAUUCACAAUCACAAUCAUUUCUCAAACGUUUGGUGGUGCAGAAUUAUUACACAAGUAAAAAUUACCGAGAUUUCAAUAAUUCUGUUCGUUUUGCAAUUGCUCAACUUGGACCUUCAAAUGUCUUUCCGCGUGAUAAUGAUUUCGCUACUUACCUUCGGAACCAAUCAAUUAAUAAUAUUCAAUCUAAAGCGGGGUCACUUUCCGAACUUGAAUUACUAUUAGUGAUUGCUGCUGCAAGAUGGGUUGAGAAAUAUGCACUUCUGGUGGUAAAUUUUAAUUUGGCAUAUAAGGAAUAUGAAGAAAUGAUGAAACAAUAUAAUAUUGGCGCUACUACAGCUGGUGGAUCUGCAUCAGCUGCCGAUUCAGCAAUGAUGACGAAUUUUAAAGUUACUCAAAGAAUUUGGCCUCCAAAUAUUUUGAAGAAUAGUUGGGAGAAUUUGUAUAGAUUAGAUUUAUUACUCGAUGCUACAGCAGCAGCAAUCAUAAGUGAAAAGGGAAUCGUCUACAAUGCUGGGGUGAUUGAAGAGAGUCGUAUGGUGCAACUUGAUAUUACACUUGAAGAAUUGGGCCAUUUAGUUGAUGAACUGAGUUUCGUGAAAAAAUUGACCCGAUUAUAA